AUGCCCUCGCCCGCCGCCGACGAGCGCACCGCCGCCGCAUCGCCGUCGCCGCCGCCGGCCGGCGAGCGCGCCGCCUCGUCGGCGCCCUCGGCGUCGCGCAGCAGCACGCGCUCCGCCGCACGCAGCACCGCACGCCGCAGCGAGCGCAGCCGCUCGCAGCGCCGCCGCGACGACGACGCCGCGCUGCGCCCCAAGCGCGAGGAGGGCGCCGACGACGGCGACGCGGCGCGCGCACCCUCGCCCGCCGACGUCAAGCCCGCCGGCGCGGCCACCAGCGACGCCGACGCCGCCAGCACCGGCUCGGGCGCCGGCAGCUCGCCGCCGCCCGCCGCCGCGCCGCAGACGUCCGACAAGCACCGCCAGCGCAGCGUGUCGACGUUCAAGGAGCUCGCGUCGCUGGGCCUGCGCGCGCUCGGCGACGGCGAGGAGGAGCCGCUGCUGCCGCGCCGCAGCCGCCGCGUGCUGAGCCCCGCACGCCGCGGCAGCGACGAGAGCGGCAGCGACGGCGACGAGGAGCACGACGCCGCCGCCGAGGCGCGCGACGACGACGAAGACGAUGACGACGACGAGCGGCAGGCGUGGGACGGCGAGGAGGGCGGCGAGGGCGAGACACGCUGCGUGUGCGGCAGCCAGGAUGAGAACGUCGGCCUCAUGAUCCAGUGCGACUCGUGCAAGUGCUGGCAGCACUGCAUCUGUAUGGGCAUGCACACCGAGGACGAGUGCCCCGACGUGUACUUCUGCGAGCAGUGCCGGCCGGAGCUGCACCUGCCGCUGCUGCGCUCGCUCGGCGUGCUGCCGCCGGCGCGCUCGCACAAGAAGGGCGCCGCGCGCGUCUCGGGCAAGAACCCGGGCCGCGACGCCAAGAAGGACCUGCGCGAGGCCAAGGACGCCGUGCUGCUCCUCGCCGCCGACAACGAGCGGCGCCGCAAGGCGGGCCAGGAGGUGCUGACGGGCUGGAGCGUGGCGCAGAACCCAGCGCUGGCGGCAUUGGCGCCGGGCCUCGGCGGCAGUGCGCACGGCUCGCCGCCGGGCGCCGGGCGCGCCUCGCCGCCGUCGCCGCCGCCGACGCGCUCGCACCGGCGCCAGUCGAGCGAGGCGGCGGCGCGCCACGCCCGCAGCCAGAGCCGCGACGACGACAAGAGCGGCGGGCGCCACAGCCCCAAGCGGCGCAGCACGAUGAACAGCCGCGACAGCGCCUACGGCUGGGAGCCCAUCCCGCCCGGCCUGCUCAACGACGACGACGAGCGUGACGAGCCGGCAAUGCGGGCGAAGCGGAAACGCGGCGAUGGGUCUCCUACCCGCUCGGCGUCGCCAGAGCAACGAGCGCCCGAGAAACGGAGGCGCGGUCAUCAGGACGAGGACGCCUCGCCGGCUUUGUCAAGUAAGGACGUCCGGCGCGGCGCUCGGCGAGAUGCCGUCAGCGAGGCAGACGGGACGGAGCGCGCGGGCAGCGAGGACAGCAUGGCGGGCCCGAGCGAGAGCGCUGGCGCAUCUGCCUCGGCAGCCACCGGCGCAGGCUCGAGUGCGUCGAAGAAGAGCGGCAAGAAGAAGGGCGGCGAGGGCGGUGCGACGUCGGCGCCGGCCAAGCAUCCGAACCAGUACACCUACCGCAACAAGGAGCGGCCCGGGGCCGCCGGUGCAGCGGCAAGCGGCAGCGCCUCGGCCGCCGGCGCAUCGGUGCAGCCAUCGGGCGGCGAGUCGCCCAGCCCCAGCCCGUCCAAGCCGCGGCAGCCCGAGGGAGCGGCGGCGCGGCGAGGCGCAGCCUCGCUGCGCGUCGAGGCGUCUGCGUCGCGCAACAGCACGCCCACGCCGCACACGGAGAGCUCGGGGCGCGCCAACAACCCCGGCUCGGCGUAUGGCCUGCCCGACCACCUGGCGCACCUCUUCCCGCUGCUCGCCGACGCGAGCCUCGAGCCGCUGGAGCUGCACCCGCCGGCGGCGAGCAAGGUGCCGCUGCGCCCCGUGCGCAACGGCGGCGACGGCGACGACGAGGCGCCGCUCGUCGAGGCCGUGCCGUACACGACGACGACGGUGAGCGAGGCGCGCACCAAGAUCCGCUUCCCAGCCAAGCGCAUGACGCUGGGCGAGAUGCGCAAGCGCGUGCGGCACAUCGGCGAGUACGUGGCGCGCGCCCAGCUCGAGGCCGUCGAGCGGGCCCGGCGCAUGCGCCUGCUCGGCAUCGACAUGACGCCGACGGCGCCGGACGAGGAGAUGCGCGACGCAGCGGCGCCCGACGGUGCCAAUGGCGCAGCAGCCGAAGACAAGGCCGAGGGUGACGGCGAUGGCGACAAGACGGCGGCAGCGGUUGCAACACCCACCGCCGAUGCCCCACUCGACGCUGCGCCUGCGCGCCGCGGCAGUGCGACGCCGCAGAGCAUGCGCCUGGCCGAGGAGCUGAGCCGCGAGCUGGCGUCGUUCACGCAGCGCUUCGGUGCAGCGCCGGGCGUGGCGGCGUAGUGCUGCUGCUGUGUGUGUCUGCUGUGCGCUGUCUGCUGCUGCUGUCCUGCAAAUGUAUCUGUACUGUGCUG